ACAGACAACAGAGUAGUGUAGAGGAGUGGCCUGGCACUUGGAAGCUUACAAACAACCCCGUGGAUGAGCUAAAGAUUCACAAAUAGACAGCAGACUGGAUGAGAAAAAAGUUUCAGGCACUGAGAAGACACAAGAACGACCAGGGGGAAAGGUUGAGAAAGAGACCAAGAGGUGAGCUGGGAAGAAACCUGAGAGAAUGUCUUCGUUCGAGGCCCAGGGCCAGUCUCCUCCUCGCUGCGGCCCACAGUUCCCGAGUCUGGGCCAGGAGCCCCCUGAGCUCAGCAUGUACGGGGACUGUUACUACCCUCCUCCCUCGCUACCGAGUCCUCAGCGCAACACGCCGACCUCCUACGACCUGAGCGACUACACCACCUCUUCAGCGAAUCCUUACCUGUGGUUCAACGGCUCCGGGAUCAACACAUCGCCUUAUCUGACGACUACCGGCCCACCCGGUAAUCCCGGCCCUCCUUUUGUCCCCCAGCACUACGGCAUGCAGAGGCCUUACCUGGGUCCAGCUGGAGCCGGCGGUCCAGGGGGAGAGCUGAACUGGUUCUCCCUCCCCUCACAAGAAGACUUGAUGAAGUUGGUGAGGCCCCCUUAUUCCUACUCUGCUCUCAUUGCCAUGGCAAUCCAUGGGGCGCCUGACAGGAGACUGACCCUGAGUCAGAUUUACCAAUACGUCGCUGAUAACUUCCCCUUCUACAACAAGAGUAAAGCGGGCUGGCAGAACUCCAUCCGGCACAAUCUGUCACUCAACGACUGCUUCAAAAAAGUUCCCAGAGACGAAGAUGACCCAGGUAAGGGCAACUACUGGACCCUCGAUCCAAACUGUGAGAAAAUGUUUGACAAUGGUAACUUUCGCCGCAAGAGGAAAAGGAAGUCUGAUUCCCUGUCCGGUAGCGACGCCAGUGCUGGGACUCCAGAGUCGGGUGACAGUGAGAGGGGCAGCCCCAAACACUCCGGCAACCCUCCCCUGAACAUCUCCCCCACGGCGGACAGGAUCCCCUCGCCCUCCUUGUCGGGACCCACGCCGUGCCUGAGCAGCUUCUUGUCUGAGAUGUCUGGAGUCUCUGCUGGAGGGACAAGCGAGGUGGGAAGCGACGGGCUGAACAGGCCACUGCAGAUCAAUCUCUCCUUAGAUGGGCCUCAUAGACCCACACAACCAGCAAGCUUCAGCAGCUACUCCCCCAACUCAAGCGGCCCAGAGUGGGUACCCCAAGUCCCGGCUGCCCCCGUGCUCUCGUCCUCACCCACCAACUCUUCCCUCGGUUACACCAGCCCCAUCCUCAGUCAGUACAGCAGCUCCAGUGGGCACUUCUACCCCACACUGAGCUCAACAGGAAUCAUCUACCAUCGGGAGGGCACAGAGGUGUAACAAUAAGACAUUAAAAGAGGAGAAGUCGUAUUCGGAAAGACUGUUCACGGGAAGUCUCAUCUAUCUGCUUACUUCUGUUUAUGAGAGGCUCUGUUGUGCGAGGCAUUGCGAAGUGUGUGACAGAGACGGUUGAGAUCGUUUGUAGCGUGAGACAGCAGAGUAGAACGGCUUUGAUUCCCACAGAAACCGCUGAAUCAGCUGCAGCAGACUCAGACUGCCACUGCCUGAAACCCCAGUCGCUCUCGCUAUCAGAUCCUCAGUCAGCUAUUAUUCUAACUAGCACUAACCUCUAUCAGAUCUGACUCAUUAUGAACAGAUCCCAGAUCUGAUGUGCUGACAUCAGGCCAUUCCACUCUGCUAUCAGUGAUUCUCUGACGGUAUCACCCAUACAUCGCUCAGGCAGCACAUUUAGAGCAGAGCUUGAAUUACAUCUUUGUCUACAUGCUGUGUGUGAAAGAAUAAACAACAGAAAGUUACACCAUCUCUUUUUUUGUGUGUGUGUGUUAAAACUAGAAAACUCUACUUAACUUGGAAUGUUACGUGUGACACACAGGUGGUGAGUGUGCUUUGUAAAUACGUGUCUGUGUUGUGUAAUGUUAUACAUGAUUGUUGGUUUGCUGGUACAACUUUAAAUUGGAAAAUGGUUUCAUAAUGUACGGUAUACGCUGUAUGCAUUGUGUUUUUGAUAUGAAUAAAUGAUUUUAGAGUUA